AUGACCUUGAAGGCUACACCGUCCUUUUCUUGUGCUCAUAAGAGCCGCAGCCGCAGGCUUAUCGCCACCACAUAUCUCGACCGAGAUACUAGAUACCACAGGAUAUCUGGGAUAGUAUCGAUAGCGCAGCCGCCUCCCCCACCUCCACCUGCCUCCGAUAUAAACAUUACUCCCUUCGGAGGCGGCCAGUCCCUACCCGGCAUCGCUGGGAGUCUUUUCGCAUAG